CCGGCGUACCAAAUGCUUCAAUGCAAGCUGUGCGCUCGUCCGAGACGCAUCCGUGGUGAAACUAUUUCGGAACGGUCGCUCGCAAGUUCUUUUCGAAGAGAUUAAGAAAAAAUAGUAAAAAAUUAAGAGGUCAAAUUAAUCUUUGAAAAGAAAAAUUUUAAUCGCGCUGUUUCAUUGACGUGAAAAGUCACGUAAUCAUAAUUUCAAUCGCGGUGAUCGAUCAAUGAGGGAACAUGGCACGUUAUAUCGAUUUCGCUGUGUCCUUUAUUAUCCUUUUCUUGAUGGUCCACCUGGAGCAGCUGGUCCUGCAUAAACGAGCGUUCGUUGUCGAGGGAAGAAUGGAGGCUCAGUUCGAGAAAUGCUGCGGCCUUGGUACCUCUUGGGCUCAGGAGGGUCUUAGAUGUGAGAAGUUCACUGGGCCCGUGACCGGAGUGCCGGCGGUGCAGCAAGGUCUUUGCUUGGAGGCUGUAGACAUUUGCUGCGUCCGAGCCUACCAUGAGCUGCAAUGCGAAAAGGGAAAAGCCGACGCUCGUAAAGGUCUGGCCUGCGUGACGAGCACAUCGUCGCAAAAACCGCCGAAGACGCUCGGCCGCGGCGAUUACCAUCGCGACUGUUGCGAAGGCUGCAAACUAGGUAUACUCGCGGGGUCUAUGGGUCAAGGAUGCUCCUUCAAAAGCUUCUCGUUUGGCAUUCCUUGGGACCCCGCGUUCUUGGAAUGUUGUCACGAAGCGUCGCCGAGCUCCACGACGGAUCUUACGAGUGAGCUAUCGAGCGAAAGCUCGACCGAAACCGAUCAAGAUUUUUCAUCGCCCUCCUCGCCGAUAUCUUCAUAUUCGCCGUCGUCGUCGUCGUCGUCGUCAUCACCGUGGUCGUCGUCGUCAUCAUCACCGUGGUCGUCGUCGUCGUCGCCGUCGUCGUCGUCGUCGUCAUCACCGUGGUCGUCGUCGUCGUCGUCGUCGUCGUCAUCGUCGCCUUCUUCACCAACAUCCCCUUUAUCUACAUCAUCCGAUAAUCCAUCCUCUACAUCAUCGGAUUCUACGCCAUAUUCGAUACCCACUCCAGAGCUAGAUGAUAUCUGUCAACUCAUGAAAGGCAUACUUUGCUCUGAUAUUUGCGUACCGACGCCGGGUUCGUAUCGCUGCGAAUGUCGCGACGGCUUCACUUUAUUGGAAGACGGAAAGACUUGCAAGCAGGAUCAACCGAUCGACAGAUGCAAACCAACUCAUCCUUGUCAGCAUCGGUGCACCGAUAACGGGGUAGCUGUUGUAUGCAGCUGUAAAUCGGGAUACGACUUGGCCGAGGAUGCACGUUCUUGCAUUCCAAGAUCGAGGACCAAAAAGAUGCCGGAUAAAAAUGCGGAUAACGAAUUGUUGCCGUCGUGUCCGACGGGCUAUCGUUAUAACGUUACCAAUCAGGUGUGCGACGACGUGGACGAAUGUCUGGAGCGCAACGUGUGUCCCGGCGGAUGCCAAAACACCAUAGGAUCGUAUAUUUGUAUCAGGGAGAAGUCCGUGAAGGAUGCACCUUACGAAGCUUGCCCCCCAGGCUACGAAUGGCAGCCACUGAAAGGUGAAUGCACAGAUAUCGACGAAUGCGUCGUCCUGCCGGCUGCCUGCGCCGCCGGCAAACCGUUCUGCGUGAACACGCAAGGUAGUUACGCGUGUCUCGAAAUGACCGGGGUGAAGUCCUGCCCUGCGGGAUUCAAGUUCGACAAAUUGUCACAGUUAUGCAAAGACGUGGACGAGUGUGCGGAAGAUAUUCACAGCUGUCUGGCAGAUGUCGAGCAAUGUCGAAACACCGAGGGUGCUUACGAGUGCGAUAUGAAAUGCGGGAAAGGAUUUACGUACAGUAUCGGGCUGGGCGUUUGCGUCGACGUAGACGAGUGCGUCGAAUCGCGCAAUCCUUGUCCCGAUCCGAGCACGAUAUGCGUUAACACGAAGGGUGCGUACAAGUGUACAAAGACAACGGCGAAUUAUUUUCCAAUCGACCAGGCUCUAUCUGAUCACCAGAAGAAUGUGCAGUCGGGUUCACGGAUGACUUGUUCCGCGGGAUACAAAUCCUCUAAUGAUUCCGGAAUAACGAGAUGCAUCGAUGUCGACGAGUGCAACGAACAAUUGCAUUCCUGCGAGCUCGAUGAGCGUUGUAUUAAUGAAAUUGGUCGUUACAGAUGCGUAGCAAUUGAAAACAACGGGGAUACAUCUACCACGGAGGAGAUUAAUGACGAUCAACCCGAUGAUCAAUUUAGCAGGGAAUACAAAUUAGAGAGAACGAGCAUUUCGUCGGUCAACAAUGAAAUCGAGGAUUGUGGCGACGGCUACUUUUUCGAUAGAAAAUCUGGCCGCUGUAUCGAUGUCGACGAAUGUGCGAAUAGAAUAGCGACUUGCGGCAUAGGCGAACGUUGCGUGAACACGGAGGGAGGUUACCGAUGUUCUCCAACCUGUCCACCCGGUUUUCGAAUGCGCAACAAUUCUCGAUCUGUGAACAAGGCCAAAGAAUUUUGCGAAGACAUAGACGAAUGCCUGCUCGGCUUGCAUACUUGCAACGACUUGACUCAUUAUUGUAUUAAUACGAAUGGCUCCUACGUUUGCGGAACGAGAACCACUACCGCCAGCAUUAUCGAGACAACGAUGAGCAGCACGGCAACAAGAAGAUCGUUCGUCGGUUCGCGUUACAACAAAGUACAGGGCACAGAUCGUUACUGGUCCACCGAACCCUGUAGACUGGGAUACAAGAGAGACGCGAGUACGGGCUAUUGCGUGGACAUAGACGAGUGCGCGGUCGGUCCCGGAUGUCGAGAGCACGAGAGAUGCACGAACACUCCAGGGGGUUACGAUUGUUCGCCCCUUUGCAGUGCCGGCUGGUAUUUUAGUACAACGACGAAGAGCUGCCAGGACGUGGAUGAGUGCUUAUUAGGCAGACACGAUUGUCCUCAGAGUACACAUAGAUGUAUCAACGCCAAUGGAUCCUUCAUCUGCGAGUUGAUACCGCCCUGCAGCCGUGGCUACAGACGAGUCUUCAACGGCACCUGCCUGGACAUCGACGAGUGCUCCGAGAAUCUACAUAACUGUCGACUUAAUUUGCAUCAGUACUGCGUGAAUAAAGAAGGUAGCUUCGAAUGUUUGACUAGACUGCCCUCCUGCCCGUCUGGAUACAAGUAUUCUUUGAGCACUCUGCGAUGCGAAGACGUUGACGAGUGCUUAAUCGGGCAGUACAGCUGUGACGCGAGAUUCUCCGAGAGAUGCGUCAACCUGCCGGGCACAUACAGGUGUGAAAGACCUCCUCCUCCUCGUCAACGUCAACGACCAGCCUGUCCAUCAGGCUAUCGAUAUCAUCCUAAUUUACGUCGGUGUACAGUUGCUUUCAACAAUGCUUUUAUAAUCAGAGGUUUAAAUUGGAAGCUUAAAUGCCAGGACAUCGACGAAUGUGCGGAAGGGUUGGACAUGUGCGGCGACAACGAGAUCUGCUACAAUCAGCCAGGUGGUUACAGCUGCGCGAAGUCACCCAUCCCUGUAACCAGAAGACCGACCACGACAGCGAUGCCCGCGCCGGUGAAUCAGAAGUGUAUGCGCGGCACCAGGUUCGUGAGGAAUCGCGGCUGCGUCGAUGUCAAUGAAUGCAGGGAGCUCGAGGAUGCUUGCAGCAGCAACGAGGAGUGCGUCAAUACCGUAGGCAGCUAUACGUGCACCUGCAAAACCGGCUUCAGGCGCGAUAAUCUCACGCAGGCUUGCGUUGAUAUCAACGAGUGUCAGUUGAAGGAGAACGACUGCCUGCCGACGCAGCGAUGCGACAACACGAUCGGCAGCUACACGUGCACGCGUUUCUUACCCUGCGGUACCGGCUAUACCCUGAACGCCGCGACGGAGAUUUGCGAGGACGACGACGAGUGUGUCUUGGGUACCCAUGACUGCGGAUCCGGAUACCAAUGCAGAAACACCCUGGGUUCGUAUCGCUGCGAUCGCAUUCCUCGCAUACCGACUCCGCAGCCGCGCACGUCGCCAAUGACGACGAUGAGAAUCGCGACGGUCACGACGACGACGCCAACGUCAUUGACGCCAGCCGGACCGUCAUCCUGGCCAAACUGCCCGCGCGGCUUCGAGCCCGGCUCCAGCGGCAAAUGCGUGGAUAUAGACGAAUGUCGGAAAACACCGAGUCCCUGCGCCAGGUCUAUGUGCAUCAACACUCUGGGAUCCUACAGAUGCGCGUCCAGGGUAAUCUGCGGACCCGGUUACACUCUGGAUCCCGUGUCCGGACAGUACUGUGUCGACGUAGACGAGUGUCAGGAGGGAACGCACAAAUGCGGCAAGGGCCAGACCUGCGAGAAUCGGCAAGGCGGGUACCAUUGCAUCUGUCCGUCCGGUCACGCGGUCGGACCCAACAACGAUUGCGUUGACAUCGACGAGUGCAGCAUUUACGGUGGUAGUAACAUUUGCGGGAUGAACGGCCGCUGCGAGAACACCGUUGGUUCCUACAAGUGCGUGUGCUCGGAGGGCUUCGAGAACACCGCGGGAGGAAUCGGUGCCUGCCAAGAUAUCGACGAAUGUCAGCGAACGCCAGGACUCUGUCAGCACGUGUGCCUGAAUGUGUGGGGCAGCUACAGAUGCGGAUGCGAAGCUGGAUUUAGACUAAAUGCCGACAACCGAUCUUGCAACGACAUUGACGAGUGCACGGAAUUCAAGGAUCACCAUCUCUGCAUUGGCAUCUGCGACAAUACGCCGGGGAGCUACGCGUGCAAGUGUCCCGAGGGAUACCGGCUCGGUGUCGAUGGUCGAACGUGCCAAGACAUCGACGAGUGCGCUGCUGGUCAAGUCUGCAGGCAGCCGGACGAGAUGUGUCAGAACACGCGAGGAAGUUACCGUUGUUUCCAGAUAAACUGUCCCUCGGGAUAUCAUCGGGACCCCAUGAAGAAAAACCGCUGUGUACGCUCACGUAUCUGCCACGGAAACGAGCUGGCUUGUCAUCGGACGCCCUCGCAUUACUCCUACAACUUCAUCACCUUCGUGAGCAUGCUGCCUCUACCGUCCACCGGUCAGCUGGAGCUAUUCACUCUACGAGGAAGUCAUCAGCCCGAUUCAACGAUACAGUUCACCAUGGCAUUGGUGGAUGUGCGCGCACCACCGGGUGUCGCUCGCGCCACAGAGUCCUGUUUCGCCCUGAAGAGACCGAUCCCGUCGCAGGCGGUCCUGGUGCUGACGCGCUCGAUCCCGGGACCGCAGGAGAUCGAGUUGGAUCUCAGCAUGGAGGUCUAUCACGACAGCGUGUUUGUCGGGAGCGCCGUCGCUAAAAUCUUUAUUUUCGUCUCGCAAUACGAGUUCUGAGAAGAUCUUUUGAGGUCAGAUAGAGAUGAAUGGAAACGGAAGUCAAGAUUGUAAAGUGACGUAAUUUAGAGAUACGCUUAAUUGCCUGAUUUACGUGAUUGUCUCUUCUUUCACGAUGUUACCUGUAAUCGUAAAGGCAACAGGAAUUACAGUCUCAACUCUUGAGCUACAUGGUAAUUUUUUGAAAAAUUUCUUGAAGUCUUUCUUGUCGUUUUAUAGUUUGUUGAAUAAAACUCCUGUUUCACGAACAUUUAUCUCCACGAAAUAAAACGUAAUUAAUAUUUUAAGCAACGUACGUUUAAGAUUAAUGAUACAGAUCCUUUUCGUUUUUUUCUUAUUUUUAAAAUUAAAUAUCAAAAUGUACACGCGCCAGCGUUUCGAUCGUAGAUAUGUAAAAAAAAACAUUCAAUGUAUAUAGAUUCUUGUAAGUUAACAUAUGUAAAGGAUAAAACAUGGAAUAAACUUACGUUUAGAUGUAA